AUGGCAGCAGCAGCAACAGCAGCGCCGCAACUCACGUCCACCACAGCCCCUGGCAAAGUGUUUGCUUCUCGCACGGAGCUGGCAGAUCACUACAAGUCUGAUUGGCACAAGUACAAUUUGAAGCGCCGAGAGGCUGGGUUGCCACUUUUGCUGGAAGCAGAUUUCCAAGCUCGUUUGGCGGCAGCCUUGUCAUUGCGACAGGAAGAUGUGCGAGAUGGAACAAACCAUUUGAAAAAGGGAAAGAAGCAGAAACCCAAAAACAAAAAGAAGAACCAAACAUCAGGAGAAGCUGUAGUUGUCAAGUCGCAAGCUGCUGCCUACGACAAGAUCAAGGAAGAUGACACGACUAAGGACGAGGAAGAAAAAUUCGACAACAAAGAUCAAGUCAUGAAAGAGGCAACAACAGAAGCAAAGGAGGAAGAAGAAGAGGAAGAAGACGAAGCCGUCAUGAUUGACCCCAAGCAAUGUUUGUUUGAUCGCCAUCUCUCUGCUACCGUGGAAGCAAAUGCAGACCGAAUGUACCGAAAAUAUGGCUUGUUCAUUCCUGACCGAGAAUAUCUGACUGAUUUGGAAGGAUUGAUUGGGUAUUGCCAUGAAAAGAUCAAAUUGGGACACAUGUGCUUGUAUUGCCAUAAAGUAUUCCCAACGUGGCAGGGAUGUCAGAAGCACAUGAUCAGCAAAAGUCACACCAAACUCAAGUAUGAAGCUGGUAUCGAUUUGGAAGAUUUGGAACAAUUGGCUCAGUUUGGCUUUGAUGUCACUGACUUGGGAGAAUUGGUACUGCCCAAUGGUCGCAUCGUUGGCCAUAGAGCCUUAUCGCGAUACUAUCGUCAACGUGUACAAACUCGCAACAACAGCACUGCUGUCGUCGCAGCCCGCCGUGCAGCAGGCGAACGAAUCUGGAACGGACAAGUUGUCAAUCUACACGGUGCAGAGGAAAACACUUUGGCUUUGACCAAAGCUGGCAUCAGUCCUGCGGUUGCUGCUGGACGUGCCGGAAAGGGUAUCUUGGUGGAGGGAUCUGGAGGCGUGUACACCUCACUCUCGAUUUAUCGCUUCCGAGCAUCCAUGAGGAAGCAGCGACGAGAAGACAAACAAGGCAAACGACAAUGGGAAAGAACCAACAGAAACAUGAACAGAAUGGAUAAAAAAGCGAAUCGCUUGAUGAAUGGUGUGUCUGUUGCGCAUGCAGCCAGAUAA